AUGCGUAAAGUAUCAAAAAAUCGAGUAGACGACGAUGUUGUUUCGUCAACAAAUGGAUCAGGAUCACUUCCACACGACGAUAACCCAGAGUUAGACCGAUCAACAGAGGACGGUAAUAUCGUAUCCAAGAAUAGUGAUGAAAAGAAUUCCGGACAUAAGUCCGAUACUUCCAUUAAAGAAAAUGAUACAAGUAAGACUAAAACUAUAUCGAGAAGGCGUAAAAGCGUCAAAAGGGUACAAGGUAAUGAAAGCGACAAAGAUGACACGGAUGAAGGGGACAUUUUAAAAGAAACAUCAAAAUCUCCUAAAACCAAGGGUAGAAAAAAAUCUAACAAAAAGAAGACUGCCAAAGAAAGUAAGAAAGAUAUCGAUGAAGAAGAGUAUGAGGUUGACAGGAUUGUUGACUCUAAGCGAAUAAGAGGCAAGCUGCACUAUUUAAUCCGUUGGAAAGGAUACAGUGCUGAUAGUGAUACAUGGGAGCCACAUGACACACUAUCCUGUCCAGAUGUUAUUACCAAGUUCAAAGAAGAAAAAGAAAAUCCAACAAAAAAAGGAACGAAAAGAAAGGCAAGUAAGAAAGAAAGUAAGGUUCCAGCUAAAAAAACAAAGACACACUGGAACAGCGAAAAUGCUGAUGAAAAUGCUGAAUAUGAAGUAGAACGUAUAUUAGAGGUUCAUCACAAGAAGAAUGGAGAAAGGGAAUUUCUAAUUCACUGGAAGGGCUGGUCCAACAAGUUUGAUUCCUGGGAGCCAGAAAAGAACUUACACUGUCCGGAUUUAAUUAAAAGAUUUAUGGAUAAGGUAAGCGUAGCUCGUUCGACACAAGAACGCAGCCUACGAGUGGCUCCAGAGACUACUAACAGAUUUACGCUCCAGGCACCUUCGUCGGGACGUCGGCUGAGCAAACGCAGGGGACAGAGGCAAAGGGUCAGAUAUGAUAAUGCGGAAUGA